AUGCCAGCAACCAAACGGGUGUCGUUCGUGUCCCCUCAAGCAACAAACACACCCAAAUAUGCAGCCGAUGAGAUCCCGUCCGAGCAUCAAGCUCUCGUUUUCACAUCGACGGCCACCGGCCUUGAGCUAAAAACAGUCUCAACCCCAAGAAAUCCACAACUCGGCACCGUCCUGGUUCGCGUCGAGGCGGCCACUAUUCUUUCCUACCAGGGCGGCAUAUACAAUGGUACACGCCAAUAUCCACAGAUCGGCUCCCCACAUUCCGGCGGCUACAGCGGGGUGGGCCGCAUAGCCGCUGUAGGCGCUGACGCCACUGCCCUGCGGGUAGGCCAAUUUGUUUUUGCCGACUGCGACGUGCGUGCCCGUGACGGCGACGGGUGGUUCCUUGUCGGGACGCAGACCGCCUCCGACGCCGGUGCACGUCGCGUCAACGAAGAGGUGUACAGGGAUGGCGCCUUUGCCGAGUAUUUCACGGUCCCGCUCGAGAACUGCCACCCUCUUGACGAGCCACGUCUCACGCGUGAGCUCGGUUAUUCGGUUGCUGACAUCGCCUAUAUGAGCUACCUGCUCGUCGCGUAUGGUGGUCUACGUGACAUUGGCAUCGAGGCUGGUGAGACUGUCGUCAUCGCACCUGCAACGGGUGGCUUCGGCGGUGCAGGUGUGUUGACUGCUCUGGCUAUGGGAGCGCGCGUGGUUGCCAUGGGCCGGAGCGAGAAUGAGUUGGCCCGGCUCAAGGUGCACGCCAUGGAGGGGUAUCCGGGAAGAAAUGAUAUGGUCGAGACGGUGCGUAUCACGGAUGACGAGGCGGGGAUCGCGGCAGAAUUGCGAGCCCUUGGAACCAUCGACGCUGUGCUGGACUUUUCCCCGCCCGAAGCAGACGGGUCUUGUUACUUGAGGUGCGCCAUAAGGUCGUUGCGGCCGAAGGGAAGAGUGUCACUGAUGGGGUUUUCGACGGAUUUCGCCGACCAUGCCGUCGUUAUGAAUAGUCUUUGUCUGCGGGGCAAGGUGAUGUACGAGCGAGACGACGUAUCGCGGUUUGUCAAGUUGCUUGAGCGUGGGCUGUUUCCCCGUGGCAAGGGCUUUGUCGACACAAAGGUGUUUAGGCUCGAUCAGGCAAACGAAGCGCUCGACGCCGCAGCAGAACAUGCUGGGUGCGGCCGGUCUGUGGUGUUUGCUCCUUGA